AACAAGCACACGACUUGAGGGAGAUAAAAAAAAAAAAAAAAAAACCAGAGGCAGAGAAGAAACAGCUUCUAUAGUGAAAAGGAGAGUUUUGAGUGUGAGCAGAGAAGGCAGGCACCAAAACAAUGGGAAGAAGCGCUUGUUGUGCAAAGGAGGGCUUGAACAGAGGUGCUUGGACUGCCCAUGAAGACAAAGUUCUCAGUGAAUACAUCAAACUCCAUGGUGAAGGCAGAUGGAGAAACCUCCCCAAAAAAGCAGGUUUGAAAAGAUGUGGGAAGAGCUGCAGGCUUAGGUGGUUGAAUUAUCUGAGGCCAGACAUUAAGAGAGGCAACAUAUCACCAGAUGAAGAAGAGCUUAUCAUUAGGCUUCACAAGCUUUUGGGGAACAGGUAA